AUGGCAACGGCCGAGAUCAUCCACGAGCCGCAUGGCGGGCAGGUGCAUCGCCGAAGGCCCUUUGCCACCUGGGUGAGGCGGCUCACCAACUUCAAGUCCUCGUCGGACGGCGAGCGCUCCAAGGGACACGUCAAGAUCAAGAGGGGCAAGCUCCUCAACAACCCGUACCCUCAGUCGACGCAAUUGUCCAACAACCCGGGCAGCGUCCAUGGCCAGGCCGGCACCGACGAGCGCAGCCGCGACGCCCUGAGCUCCUACUCGUUCGUCACCGCCCAGACGGGAAGCGUCAUCUCCUCGGACCACCCGACCCGCCCCUCGGCCGACGGCCACGCGCCCCCCACGACGGGCGGGAGGAGCAUGGCCGGCACCGUCUCGACCGAGUACGAGGGACAACGCUCCCUCACCUCGCCGAGCCACGGGGAGAGCUCGCUCGCGGGCACGAGCCGCACCGUCGGCGGAGGCGUCGACUCGCGCCGAGGCGGCGACAGCACCUUUUCCAGCCCGGCCCCCUCGGUGCGCUCCCUCACCACGACGCUGACGACGAUCCAGUCCCUGGCCCCCAACAGCCACAUGUCGGCGCCGUUCCCGCAGAGCAACAGCACGUCGAUCCAGUUCAGCCAGCCCUUCCCGCCGACGUCGCCCGUCUCGGCCAUCCCGACGCACCUGACGCCCGCCAACGCGCCGGCCGGCCAUCCGACCACCUACACGGCGGCGACGGCCAACGGUCUCCUGACGGACAACGCCUCCAUCCUGACGCUCGCCUCGUCGAGCAAGCGCCACCGCCGUCGAUCCUUGGACACGGACGCCUCGGUCCGCGCCCUCGCGCCCUCCUCCGUCUGGGGCGGCAGCCGCGAGAGCCUGCCCCUCAGCGUCCUCAGCGCGACGGUGGAGGGGUCCGGGAACGCGACCACGCAGGGCCUCCACGCGAGCAGCUCGCGCAUCGGCGCCGAGCGCAACAGCAUCUACUCGGCCACGGGCGUCGUGCCGACGCUGCAGAGCGAGCGCAACAGCCUCUACGCGAAGCAGGGCGACGGCGCGAGCGUCCGGAGCGGCCUGCCGGGCCACGGGCGGCCCGACAGCAUCAGCGGCAUCAACUGCCUCGCCCCGAGUCCCCUCACGAACGCCCGCGAAACGCCAGGCGUGAAGCAGGCCGACGAAAAGGACGGAGAGGCGCCGGCGGCGGGUGCGGGGGUCCCGGCGGCGACAAAGGAGGACUGA